AUGUCAAGGACAUCAAAAAAUUCGAACAAGAACGCGACUGAGGAAGGCGAGAACCUAAACAACAUAUGGGAGAAAUUUGAGCUUAAGCUGAAUGAUUGGGUUACAACAACUCUACCUACGAUUGUAUCAGAAGUCAUCAAGUCUAUAGCAGGGGAAGCUGUUAAAAAGCAUAUUGACGAAUAUGUGUCAUCAACAGAAUUCAAAAAAUCCCUCGGUGAAAGCAUCGAUUUUGACUCGCAGCAACUGCAUGAUGAAAUCAAAUCAUCCAUAAAUACUGAAUUAAAGACGGGAUUGAUGGAGCUCAAAAACGAAGUGAACAUGCUAAAAAAUGAAAACGAUAAUUUGGAACAGUACACAAGAAGGUGUAAUAUCAGAAUUUAUGGGAUACCUGAAGCCCCAACUGAGUCAACCGAUGACAUUGUCAUAUCUUUUCUCCAAAAGAAAUUGGGUGUCACUAUUUCAGAAGUGGACAUAAGUAGAUCACACCGAGUUGGAAAAAAGUCCAACAUAGCACGUCCUAUCAUCAUUCGAUUUACCAAGCAUAAUACCAAAGUCAUGAUAUUGAGGAAACGACACUUACUAAAACGGAAUGGUCGGUCUCUAUACAGGAUUCAAGAAGACCUUACACAGACAAGAAGACAACUUUUGAAAUAUUUACAUGAUAACUGCAACAACAAAGUUGAGAAA